UGGUGCACCGCUCAUCAUUGCCCUUCCGCUCGCCGUCAUCUGUGUCAUUGUCUGGCAGGUAGCCGCGGAGCAUUAGCCGCGGAGCAUGCGCCGCAUCCGGCGGCGGCGGGCAGUCUGGGAUGGCGGCGGGGCGGAGAAGCGCGGAUGCGAAGGAGCGGAAAGGAAAUGGCAGGAUGGCGGGAGGGAAGGCAGCAGUAGCGCGUGGGGUAACGGCAAGCGAGGCGGGCGCGUGCUGAGCGCGGUAUUGCUUGCGCUCGUGGGCGGGGUGCUGCAAGGCGGACGCCGGUGGCACGGAGGGGUCCUGGAGCUUGCGAGCGCGGACGACGCGAGUGGCAGCGCGGAGCAGGCGCGCGCCCUGUACAGGUACUGGGAGGGCGCGUACGGCCUCGACCCCUCGUCGCUGCUGCCGCCACCCUCCGUCACUCUACCCCCUGGCGUGCCGCCAGCGCCGCACCUGGAGCAGUGCGCACAGCGGGCGGCAUGGCGGGAGCGCAUGGAGGCGCGGGGGCGCCACGGGGAGGCGCCCGCGUGGACCCGCCCCUCCGCGUGCGGGGGGGUGCCGCAGCCGCCCUGGGUGCGGGGCCCAGAUGCAGCGAAUCUGGCGGGCACGCGCGAGGCGCAGAGGGACAUCUGGGAGGCGCAGUUCCCAGCGUCGUGUGCGGGGCGGCGCCUGGUGCUCGUGCCGUGGCUGAACGUGGCGUCGUUUGGGCUGGGCGCGCAGCUGCACGUGGUGAGCGCCAUCCUGGCGGCGGCGCUGCAGCACAACCGCACGCUCGUCAUGCUGCCGCACUCCAUGGGGCACGCCGACCACAGCGACUGCCAAGCCGUGGGAGCGCGGGGCUCGCUGCAGUGCUAUUUCUUCCCCAUGGUGUCGCCUGAAUGCGAGGCGGCCGCCGUGGCGGCGUACCACAGCGGCGCCAUGGUGAAGUGCGACAACGCGUCCGUGAUCGCGUCACACGCGCCUGUUGUGUUUGGGUGCGGGCCCAAGCUGGGCCAGGACUCCACUAUCGCUAGCCGGUGGGGUGAGGCGUUCAAGGAGCGGCCACUGCUGCAGGAGGUGGAGGGCGCCAUGUACGCACGCAUCGACGACAAGAUCCGCAAGAAGCACUGGUGGCGCGCGCAGUCCAUGCGCUUCAUGCUGCGCUGGCCCUCGCGCCACCUCUGCCACAUGGUCAACCGCCAGCGCCACGCGGCCUUCGGCAUGCAUGUCGCAGCACAGCUCGCAGCGGCCGCCUCGCAUCAGGCAGCCCUGCUGUCCACACUCCUCUCCCUCAACCUCCACACUCAACCGCCUCACGCCGCCUCUCCUUCCUCCACCCCUCUCCCUCCUCCCACUUCCCCCCCCGCCAUCCCACCUGUGCCCACGGCCUUCCCCAGUGUGGUGCUCCCCUCUGCCCUUGACUCGCAUGCGUGGCCGCUCAUGGGGUACGACGGCUGUGACGACGCCACCGCUGCCACCCUUGCCACCGCUGCCACUGCUGCCACUGCUGCCACCGCCACGCUUGCCGCCCCACUCGCCCCUGACCCCACAACUGCCGUGCCUGCGCCCAGCCCUGCGCCCAGCCCUGCGCCCAGCCCUGCGGCAGCACCUGGCAACGCCCCUCCCGCACCUCCUGAGCACUGGAGUGCAGCGGAGGCGGCCGUGCUGGUGGGAGGGCCCGUGUACUUGCCGCGGCCCGUGGUGAGCAUGCACGUGCGGCAGGGCGACAAGGCGAAGGAGAUGCGGCUCUUCUCCUUCUUCACCUUCAUGCACCAAGCCAACCGCCUGCGCCGCCUCGACCCCAACCUCAGCACCGUGUGGCUCAGCACCGAGAUGCAGAGUGUGGUGGAGCAGACGGCACUCUUCCCCGACUGGACCUUCUACUACUCGCACCUGCCGCGCCAGGGUGCACGGCAGGCCAUGGCCAACUAUUCCACUGCCACCGGCCUUGCCAUGGUGGUGGGCGCUAGCUUUGCCAACCUGCUCAUAGCAGCUGAGUGUGACUACUUCGUUGGGACUCUGGGGUCCAACUGGAACCGCCUCAUCAACGAGCUCAAGUCCACUAGUGGCCGCCUCUUUGCCGGCUAUGUGUCACUCAAUUUCGGAGAAUGGUAGCACCUCCAUUCGAGUUCGCUCUUCAUGCAAAUGCGUCAAUGGUAAAUAAGAAAAGCGACUUCAACGGAUGUAUGUUCCAUGCGUUCCUAGACGGGCUGACAUGGUAACCGGGUUGUAACACAUAG